CCCGGCACUUGGGAAUAUAGGGUUCAGCGUCCCUCAGGAACAUGCCUUGAUGCGCAGGUCGCAGUUCUUCAUACCGCGACUUCAACCUUUCAUGUCUUCAUACGCCCGAAGACUUUGAUAGUGGCGCCCCGAUUUUCGAACGAAGCGUAGCAUACGCAUUUGGUCACAAUGGCUGACGAAUUCACCGCCAUCAUCGGUGAGAUGAUCAAAACUCCUCCAGACCCAAAUGAGCCUGUGCCACUGGCGAACCAGAAAGGCACAAUGUUCGGCGUCACAAUACCAUUCCAUGUACUUUGCUGGAUUUUCGUUGCCUUUCGUUUGCACACACGUCUGCGGGUUGUUCGCGAACCUGGCCUUGAUGACCUCUUCGUAGUCCUGGCGGCUGCAUUCAAUUUAGUAUCACUUGUAACCUUUCUCUACGGUACCAAGUAUGGCAUGGGCCACCAUCUUAUAUACUCCUUCAGUGUACUACAGCCAACCAUGAUUUGGCUUUACAUCACCAAUGCCGCAUAUCACACAACCACCGCCUUCAUCAAGAUCUCGCUACUCUUACAGUACCUAAGGCUGUUUCGUGAAGGCACUCGUCGCACAGUCUCUAUCGUACUGCUUGCGCUGGUUGUAACAUGGGGCUUGACAUUCUCCUUCAUGGCCUGGGUACCAUGCUUUCCUGUCUCUGGGUUUUGGGACAGAAGCAACGGUGCCAAAUGCUACGGCUUCGGGUAUCGCACCGUCAACGAGGCGAAAUACUCGGUACUUUCUUUUGCUGCGACGAACAUGUUGUUUGAUAUCGCAAUCUUUCUUGUUCCGCUCACGGAAUACUUCAGGCCAGACCUGAGACGAAAACAGGUUCUCGCCAUGACUGGGUUGUUCGCUCUUGGUUCCAUCGUCGUACUCAUGGCUAUCCUCCGUCUUUGGAGCACCUUCAAGCAUAGUCAAAGCAAAACCCAAAGCUUUGAUUUUACCUGGUGGUAUCCCGAAGUCCUGAUCAUCUCCUGCCUCGAAGUCGAUUUCGCUAUAAUGUGCGCAAGCAUGCCCAUAUUCUGGCCUACCGUCAUCGCAAACUGGAGUCACAUCUUUGUCACAAACGAAGUCCGCGUUACACACCACCAACGCCUCGCCGACGACAGCCGAGAUAAUUUCGAGUUAGUUAGGAACACGUCGUUGAAGAGCGUAGGAAGCGUGGAGGGGUUGGCAAGGGCGAGUGGGGAACAACAAGCGGUUUACAACGGAUUCGACCCGGAGACGGGUAAAGAUGGACGGUUUGCUAUCAUGCAAGUAGAAGUACAACCGCAUGCGCAGGAAUCGCGGAGACUCUGAAUAGCAAGUCCUUGAGAGACUGAGCAUUAUGUCCUUAACAUUGACUGCCCUUGCUCCUGAAAUUGGUAUUGCUUACAACGAAAUGGCGAUGCUGGUUAGUUAUGGCUGAUCUCUGAGUACCCACAGGCUACCACAGCAAACGUUGCUGCGCCUACAGGAUUCUGAUGUAUGCACGAGCGCAUAUCAUGAACGC